GUUCGUAUAUAUAACUCGCCUGGAGGCCUAGUUCAUGGAUCGCCUUGGUGGUAUAACUCAAACUGACUUGGAGUAUAUGCUACAUGAUGAAGAUGCCGAGCCAAUGGCCAUGCCAUUCCCUCUCUUGGAGAAAAUCACAGAUUAUUUUUCUGACGAGUCAAUAAUCGGAAGAGGUGGCUACGCUGUGGUUCACAAGGCAGUGCUUGACAAUGGCACUGUCGCUGUAAAGAAGCUGUCCAACACACACAUGAAUGAGAAGCUGUUCCUCCGAGAGGUGGAAUGUCUUAUGAAGGCUAAGCACAGAAACAUUGUACGAUUUUUGGGAUAUUGCUCUGACACACAAGGAAAUAUUUUUGACUACGACGGGAAAAAGAUUAUGGCAGACGUACGGCAAAGAUUGCUCUGCUAUGAGUAUCUACGUAAAGGCAGUCUUGAUAAUUAUAUUAAAGAUUCACUUGGAGAACUUAAAUGGAGGAAACGGUACCAUAUAAUAAAGGGCAUCUGUGACGGGUUAAAUUAUCUUCACGAAAACUAUAUUCUGCACUUGGAUUUAAAACCCGGGAAUAUUUUACUGGAUGAUGAUAUGAUGCCGAAAAUUACUGAUUUCGGAUCGUCAAGGUGUCUUGAGAAAGGCCAAACUCGGGUCAUUACUAAACAUGUGGCUGGAACAAUUGGAUAUUUGGCACCUGAAUGUUAUAGAAGUGAAAUCACAAUCACACACAAAGUAGACUUGUACAGUCUCGGUGUUAUAAUUAUGGAGCUAUUGACUGGAAAGAAGGGGUGUGGAAAUAUUGAAGAUGUACGUGAAAGUUGGAGUUACAAGUCAGAUAUAUUGUGGUGGGAACAAAUACGGGUAUGUGCUGAGAUUGGGAUCGAAUGCAUUGACUUAAUACCAGCCAAUAGACCACAAAGUAUGAAACAUAUAAUUGACAGGCUUUUAGUAGCAGAAAGUAGUACACAUGUAGUCCCAACAGGUGGGGUCAACAAGCUCCUUGCCCUUCACACGUCAGCGCUUCGCUUCACUUUCGAGGCCAACAAGGUUAUCAUGUGCCCGCUUCAGCUAACAAAUAACACCAACAAACACGUUGCAUUUAGGCUAAUGGACAAGAGUGGGCAGUCCUCCUUCCUAAGGCUGCCGCUGUAUGGUGUUGUGCCACCUAACAACCCUUACAUUCUCAUCGUGACAACAGAAGAGAAAAAAAUGCUACCACGAAAAUGGAUCAUAGAUGUGAUCCUGGGCACUGCAAUAAUAUUGGGGGAUGAUAAGCAUAUAAAGACUUUCCAAUGCCAGCCAGAAAAGUAUUUUCAAGACAUGUUGAAUGAAGUGCAGGAGGUGAAAUUGAAAGCACUUUAUACUCUCCCACGUGACAUCAUAACAUCAUCAUCCAAGACAGACAAUACAUCCAACAGAGUGAUAACACAAAAGAAACGCUGGGGCACCAGCACAAUCGUGCCCAAGAAAAGAGAAAGAAACAAAAUAUGCCUUCCUAGGAGCAGGCUAAGUAGCAGGCAAGGGAGUGGAGAGCCGCCGGGCGGUCGCAAUCAGCGCGUCCAGGUAGCACUGAAGCCGGACGCGGUCUCGGGUCCUAACGAGUGGAUGGCAGUGCUCCAAAAAGGCAAGGAAUUUGAAGAACGAGUUAGAAGCACGCCGCAGGAAGAUCCUCUCAAUCAUCAUUUUGUUCCGAGAAGUCCAAAGAGUCCACAUCAUGGCGGCGAAGACCAGCCAGAACAGUCGGCGUUUACGGCCGACCUGGGUGGCCCGUAG